AUGUGCAGUUUCGGGCAACGAUGUUUGAAGACUCGAUCUGGAAAGACUGUCUGUGUGCAAGGUCAGAAGCAGAACUACCCCGAGGGAUCUCCUCAGCAUGAAGUUGACAAGGAAGAAACAUUUGUGAACAGCCCACUUCAUGAUGCCUGCAGGAAGGGGAACCUGACUCGGGCAGCACACCGGGGAUCCAAAGAUGUUUUUGAGUUUCUCGUGUGUAUGGGAGCUAAUGUGUCACAAGUUGGUAAAAAAGGGGACAAAGUCCUGCACUGGGGCUGCAAAGGGGGACAUCUGGGUAUGGUAAAGUAUCUACUUUCACUAUCCAGUGUUGAUAUUAACAGUAGCGGAAAGAUGGGUGUGACCCCCUUGAUGUGGGCUGCAUUGUACGGGUACAGAGACAUUUUUCAAUUCCUCGUGAGAAUGGGAGCUAGUUUGUCACAACUUGAUGUUAAGAGAAACAACAUCCUUCACCGUGCCUCACUCGCUGGCAGAUUGGAGAUGGUGAAGUACAUCAUCAGACAGAACACGGUCAACAUUAACGCCAGGAACAAGGAUGGGGAAACAGCAGCCAUGCUAGCAAAGAGCAGCAAUAAGAGUCGCGUGUAUAACUUUCUUGUUUUGAACGGGGCUGUCCAGUGA